AUGGCCGACUCUCUUUUGGAAAAGGCAACCUCUGCUCUCAGUGAAGCCAAAGAAACCGUCACCACCUCCGCUAAAACCGAUGUCAUGAAGGAUGCUGUGGACAAUGUGGUCACAAGAGGUAUAGAUGGAGCCAAAUCUCUGCUACACGGUUUGGAAGAGAAGAAAGAUGAAGUCUCCUCCAAGAUCAUGGACGCAGUUUCACACUUUACUGGUAGCACUGACUCGGCAGCCUCAACCGCAAACGGUGACUUACCGGUAUCCACAGAGAAUCAGCCACUCUUAGCGGCUGGUGAUCGUGAAGCCGAGCCGUGGUGGAAGAUAUGUUGUGGAGUUCUUGAUCUUCUCAAGGCAUCAUCAUCAUCUACUAGAUGA